ACAAUCAUCUCUAGCAAAUGGUCGCUAAUUUCGCAAACUUUUAAAUUGAAGUGAUAAGAAUGAUAAAUACGGCCAAAUACUUUGCUCUUUUAGAGAGUUUAAAGUUUAACAAAGCACUAGCAAAUAAGGCAAGUAAUAACUCUGAGACACCCGAUGCCUUGAAAAGCAACCUGUUAAUUUUAGAAAAAUAUGCCAAGCUUGAGGUUGAUCAGCAGUUGCAUGAAUUAUGCGAGGAAUACAUGGUGACAGCAGAUCAGGAAUCCAGUAUAGAUCCCGGAGGGGAACCCAUAAUAUCCUAUAUAGUGAGACUGGAACAUGUGCUUCAUUCGAUCACGAGGAAUAUUAACUUCCAUAGCGACGCCAAGGAGGAUCUAAUCUCAGUGGCACACCUUAAACUGUGCAUCCAGGCCACCCAAGAGUUGUCUUACUAUUCACUUCGAUGUCAGCUCCAUGAGGAUUUCUACAAGUCGCCCAUCUUCCAUGAGGCCCAAGGAAAAGUCAAGGCGAAUUCUUCCCUGCUGCUUCUGAGCAUUCAGUUCUUUGUAAACCUACUGCAUAUCCGUCAGUUUCACAUAGCCAACUCCAUGGAGCUGGUUCAAAGGGAUCUCCUGGCGGCCAUUAUGAGUCUACGUGUAAAGGAGGACUCCGUGCAUCUGGAAAAGGCUAUAUCCUACUUCUGGCAACAGGAAUCCAAAGCGGAUUUCUUCCGACACAUCUUGCUCUUGAAAGCCACACCGCUAUGCACACCCCUGGCCAACUUAUUGCACCAUCAACUCCUCGUAAAGUUGAAUUCCCCCCAAGGUUUCUCCAGCUUUGUGGAUGCGCUGCAACAAACUCCCAAUGUGAGUUCUACAAGAAAUGCGGAAAUUGUGGCCAGCAUUGUGGCUAGAAAAGGAUUCUCCCCACUUGCACAAGGAAAGAUGAUUAUCCAGGUGUUGGAGUAUUGUAAAUUCUACCUCCAGGAUGCGGACAAAAUGUGUGCCGGUGUCCUAUCCCUUAGAAGGCUCUACGAUUUAAAUUAUACAAAUCAGAAGCAGAUAGAAGAGAUAUUAUCCAAACACUGGGAAAGUCUUGUUAACCCAGAAGAUGUAAUUAGUGGUCUGAUCUUAAUGAAUCACCAAGAACUCUGCAAUCGCAUCCUUUUGUGGCAACAUCUUUUCUGCUCAUCCAGCGUGGCUUGUUUACCAAGUAACCUACUAAUUCCUUACCUUCCCCUGCUCCUCCAAGUUUACGAUGGCCUACCAUUGGAACUACCAGCAACAUCGCAGCUUUCUGGGAUCAUUUCACGAUGCCUAGAUAAUAGAGAACGGGAAAAGGAAUUGUCAAAUGUCCUUCAAAGACUUUUUAAGUGGGAAGUUGAAGAGGAGCCUCCUUGGAAAAGUUUACACCCACUAAUUUUGAUUCUCCCUUCCUCGAACAUCAAUGAAAUGCAGGUUAAAGUGGCCCACAAGGAUCACCAAGUGGAUCAUGACAUGGGCAGGAUUUUGCCCGGACUGCUUUUAUCCAGCUCUCAUCAUUCCCUCACGUGCAAUGUAUUCCUAGCUCUUUUGAGUUUUAUGGGUAACCAGUUGAAGCAGAAGUCUGCAGCCGGCGUUGAUUUCAUCUCUUCGGAAACGGAGCUCAAAGACUUUCUGCACUCCAAGUAUCAACUAAAACUUGACUUGCUUAUCGCGCUGAACCAAUUGGUGGCUCACCAACCAUUGAGAGCUCAGCUUGCCCUUCACACCAAAGAGUUCUUGCAUAUACUGAAAGACUUGUUGGUCCACCGAUCUGGAGAACAGGAGACCACGGAUCAUAUUUUGCUCAUUGUACUAAACCUUUUGCAGGAACUCCUUGAGGGCAGUGAGGAUCUUCAGCUCUCAGAAGGCACUAAAGAACUGAAGGAGCCGUUGCAGCAGUUAGGGUUACAAUCCUCCAAUUCUCUCGUCCAACAAUCUGUACAAUCCCUGCUAACUAUAAUCCAAGGAGUAUGGCGACCAAGUGAAGCAAUCAAGAUCCAACCAUUCCAAAAAGCUCGUUCCCUUAUAGAGGAAAAGCAAUCCCAUUUGCAAGUUUAUGGCAUUCAGAUGAUGAUAGAUUUGCUUAAGAAACGGGAUUCCGCGACCACGUCGCAGGGUCAUCUCAUUAUAGCUUUAGCUCUGACCACUCUGAAGGACAAGGAAUCGUACACUUUUCUCAAUUGUGUUCGGCUUUUUGUGUCGUUAGUUCCUGUGAUGGAGUCCGAAGUGCUGGACAAGCUAAGUGACGAAUACUUAUCGGAGACAGCUGAGUUGGAUUACCGACUGGUUGUGGGAGAAGCUAUCUUGAAAGUCGCUCAGGAGUUAGGUCCAUUUUGCUAUCGAUACAAGGCUGUUCUGCUCAAUUGCUUUAUGCACGGCUCACGCUCUCCUGUUCACGAAUUCCGGAUGUCAGCAUUCGCCAAUCUCGCCCAGCUAUGUCGCCUGUUGGCUUAUCAGGUCCAAAACUUCUUCCAGGAGCUACUUCAACUGGUCAACAGCGAAUUAAGCACAGGAAGCUUUGUGCCCGCUAAGAGGGCAGCUGUCUUAGUCUUAGCUGAACUGUUGAAUGGCAUGGAGAAUCUACUGGACUACCAGGAUAUGCUUCUUCCCAUUUAUCGCCUCUUACGAGCCAUCGAGUCCGAGGAGUCCUGUGAUCCACAAAUGCGUCAGCAUGCAGGGAAUGGCCUUAAAAUAUUAAACGAGAAGUGCCGAAAACUGAUUCAUUCUAGCUUGGAGGAGAAUUCUUUACAAAAACAGAUUAAGGUGCUGGGCAUCAAAGACGAAGUCUCACCUCAAAGGAAGAACCGUCAUAUCCUCGAGCUGAAUUAAAGGUUAGCUUAUAUACUUUUAAAAUUUGUAAUUCUAUUGCAUACAAAAUAGUUUAACUUUAUAAUUUACAAAACGAAAUGCGAAAUAGAUCAGUACGUCACUGACACCAUAAAGGCAGAA